AUGGCGGAUCUCGAUGUGAAAGAAGAACGCGACUACGAUAGGCGUGGCACAGACAGCUACCGAGGUGGAGGAAACAAGCGCCGUCGCGAUGAUGACGAUGGCCAUGCUUACCGAGACGACCGCCGUGGUCCUCAGAGGCGCCGCCGAGACGAUCCUCCCCGCCGCCGCUACGAAGAGCCGCCCUUUCCUAAGCUGCGCCGCCUGCUAUUGAACAUCGCCAGUUCCACUAAAUUGCCCCAAGAUGAAGCCAUUGAGAUCGCAACGUACUUCGGCGAGCACUAUGACGACGAGCGCCUGCGAUCCGAUGUCUUCGACGUAUUCGUACAGCUUAUCGUCGAACAGCCUUUCAAGAUUCCCUUCGUCGCCGCGGUCGCCUUUUACGGAAACGAUGUGAAGCCGGAGAUUACCAUGGAAGCUAUGAAGCGUGUGGGUGAUCGCGCACAGCAGGCGCUGGAUGCUGGCGAGUGGAAGGACUUCAAGCUGCUCCUGAGGUUCUUUGCAUGCUUGCAGUCACUAUACCAAGACGACGGCAUCUUCAGCUUCCUGGGCCAGUUGUUCGACAAGGUUGUCGACCUUCAGAGCGCGGACGAGAACGACGUUGUAGGCAUCGAGCUCGUCAAGAUCAUUCUCCUCACCGUCCCGUACGCUUUGGUCGCUGGAGGCAGCCGUUUCCACGAACAAGCCCAGCAGUUGCUGAAGAAUACCGAAAUUGUGGCUGGCAAUGCAAUUCCCAUCGAGAGUGUGAUUCACUCGUACGUCGGUGAGGACGAAACUAAGCCGAUGUCCUACCACAGCGUCAUUGGCCUCUUGCAAGCACAGCUUACGACAGAGGCGGAGUCUGGCUUCCCACUGGCAUGUCUUCCACACUUCGACCCUGAGGCGGUGCGCAAGUCCGUCAAAGAAAAGGAUGCUGAAUCGCUACCUGCUGCGCCUCCUACACACGCUUUCCCAACCUUCAACAUCCCCUCGCUGAUUAACCCUGGGCCCCGACCGGUCUUCCCAGAAGCCUACUUCUCUUUGUUCGCAGACACGGACGCUAAUACCGUCCCGAGAACGACGGACAUUGCUUCCUCCCUCAUUCGUGAUGCUAUCGUUGAUACGAUCAACCAGCUUGACUUCAACCGUGAGAUGGUUGCCAAGUUCCUUGUCGAUGUUGACUGUUACUGGACGAUCGAUGCCUUUGCCAAGCGAGGAACACCACUCGAUAAGUUCAAGGAGCAGGCCGAGGGCAAGACUCAGUACAAGUCCGAAGACAUGAUCAUCGACGCCAUCUUCUCGCAACUGUUUAAGUUGCCGUCUGCGGAACACAAGCUGGUGUACUAUCACUCCGUGAUCACACAAUGCUGCAAGGUCGCACCCCAGGCUAUUGCGCCCUCGCUUGGACGUGCUAUCCGCACGAUCUACAAGAGCCUGCCAGUGCUGGACCUUGAGUUGGGUUAUCGAUUUUUGGAUUGGUUCUCGCACCAUCUCAGUAACUUCGAGUUCCGAUGGAGAUGGACAGAAUGGCUCGAUGAUCUAGAACUGACAAAUCUGCACCCAAAGAAGGCGUUUAUCCUGGCUGCACUCGACAAGGAGAUCCGCUUGUCGUUCGCUAAGCGUGUCAGGUCAACUCUCCCUGAGCCAAUGCACUCGCUAAUCCCUGAGCGCCUUGACGAGGACAAUAGCCCAGACUUCAAGUAUGACAACCAGCAGACACCGUAUGCUGCAGAAGGGCAGGCAUUACUGCAUCAGCUUAGGAAAAAGGCACCACCUGAAGAAGUCCAAGCGACUAUCAACAAGAUCCACGAGCAGGCUGUUGAACAUGGCAUCACAGAAGUGCUCGUCCCUUCGACUGAUGCUUUCGUCACAGCGAUCUGCCGACUAGGCGCGAAGUCAUUGUCUCACGUUCUCUCAUGCAUUGAGCGAGGCAAGGACCGCUUGUUGGAGAUCUCACAGAACGAAGUUGCGCGACGCCAGAUCGUUGCAAGCGUAGUCGAGUAUUGGAAGGAUCAACCGGGUGUUGCGGUCAGGAUCAUCGACAUCCUCCUUAACUAUACCAUCCUUGCCCCGAUCACUGUUGUUCAAUGGGUCUUUGGAAGCCACAUGGGCGCUGGCGAGGCGCUAACCGAGAGCUGGGUCUUCGAGAUGGUUUCUAAUACAGUUGCCAAGGUCACGAACCGCAACCGUCAGAUCGCCUCAGCACGCAUUCAGAAGGGCUUGCCGGCGGACCAGAUUGAGAUGGUUGACGCAACACUGGCUAAGGAUCGUGACAACGCCCGUGAGCUCUUCAAGUACAUCGAAGACUCCACGGGCGGAGUGUCAGAGGGCUCUGCCGACAUCUUGAUGGAGAAGAAGGCCAGCGGUGCGCUGUCUGAAGAGGAGGCGCAGCUUAUCCAGGCAUGGGGCAGGCGCUGGCACCAGACCUUCCUGCGCAAGGCUCAGGUCGAGGAAUCGGUUGUCGGUGAGCAGGCUGUUGAGGCGAGGAUCAAGCUUCUGGAUGCCGAGCCGGAUGUUGAGACUGCUGAUGGGGAAGCAACGAACGGCGAGGCGCAGAUGUCUCUUGCCUGA